AUGGAUACAGUCACAGGAGACACGCAUGGUAUAAUGGGGGAUAAGAUAAGCACUGAUAGCACAUCUGAGUUGGGUUCUCGCAACAUCAUCUCCUCCGACGGUCAAUGGACGCUGCCUACACGCUCGCAUAUGCCCACUAUUUUGGAUCCGCCAAUUGACGUCUACAAAUUCGGCAGCACACCAGACGCCACCGACCCCAAACGCGGCAAUGCGAAGAUAGCUAUGUUGACGCUCAACACCCCCAACAUUCAUCUGUACUCAGACCUGGCCACCAUCAAUCAGAAGGCCUAUGCAGAGAAGCACGGCUACGACUUCUAUGUGUACAAGGACUCGACUCUGGGCUGGGAGAUGGAGAAGGGCUCAUGGGACUCCAUUGUGACGUGGAACAAAGUCAAUGCCAUCCCGCGACACCUGCACGACCACGAGUGGAUGUUCUGGAUUGAUUCUGAUGCCGUGUUUACGAAUAUGUCUAUUAAGCUCGAGUCCUUCAUUGAGCGUGCGGUGAGUGUUGUGACGAGUGCAGAGCAGAACCAGUUGAUCAAAUUGCUCGGCCACAUCGAUGCGAAACGCGAGAACUGGCAGCUGUUCGAAGAGUGUGACUUCAACUGUCUGCCCAAGAAUCGCUUCCCGGGAGUGUUCAUUGUGCACUAUAUGGGUCACCUACAGCACAAGGCCGUUCACACGCGUCUAGUUGCUACAGAUUUCUAUGAGUCCUUUGCGCGCACCUCACCUCCUUACACUACAUCACAUUACUACAGGCACUGGCCCAAUGAGAAGAGGGCAGCGUUGAUUAAGGAGAAUGUGGCGCUCGGCUUGAUGACGGAGCCGGAUGCGGCUAAAGAUGAAUUAUAA